AUGCUAUUAUAUUUUGUGAUAUUCAUAUGGUCCUUUUUAUUAUGUGAUAUAUAUGAAACACUAAAUAUAAGAAAGAGCAUAGAUAGGAAAUUAACACAUUUGAAUAAUAAUAUUGAAUGUGCAUUGAAUAUAAGUAAUUAUCGAAAUAAGAAAAGUAAAUAUUUUCAAUUUAUUGGUAAUAAUAACAUUGUAAGAAAAUGUAAGAACAAAUAUAGUAAUAAAGUUGAUUUAUUUGGAUUUAGUAGUAAAGAAGAAAUAAAUAAUAAAGGAAAAACGAGUUUAAAUAUAGAAAAAUAUGAAUAUAAAAAUGGUAAUAUAUUUUUAUAUACUAAAUUAUUUGUAAAUAAUGAGGAAAAGAAAUUUAUUAUUGAUUUAUGUAGUGAUCAUAGUUUUAUAUUUGAAAAAAGAUUAAAUGAGGAAUUAUUAAAAGAUAAUAAUAAUAAUAAUAAUAAUAUAGGUACACAAAAUGAUUUUGAACAGAAGAGUUCUCAAAAAAAUGGAGGUUUAAAUUUACAAUAUGAACAAAAGGAUAUAGAGAAUAUAAAAGAAUUAUUUCAUUUAAAUAAUUCACAAGUAGAUAUAAAAAAAGUAGUUAAUAUAAAACAUGAAAAGGAAAAACAAUUUCCAUUUUAUGUAAUAAAUAAUGAAGAGUUAGAUAUGAAUUUUUAUGGAAUCAUUGGUUUUAAUUUUUUUAAAAAUUAUGACACAUUUGUUUUGGAUACUGUACAAAUGAAAAUUUUAUUAAAUUGGAAUGAAGACGGAAUAAAUAUAGAGGAUCAAAAUUAUGAUAACAUUGAAUAUGAGAAACAAAAGGGAAAUGGGUAUUAUAAGAUAAAUCUUUAUGAUUAUUUUAAUAAUAUUAAAUAUUUUAAUAUAUAUGUGGAUAAUCAUUUAUAUAAAGGUAUCUUAGAUACGGGUACAUUAAAUACUAUACUUGUUAACAAUUCAAAUAUAUACAAUACAACAAAUGAUUACAAUAAUAAUCAUACUAAUACAAGUAUAAUUAUUGAAAGCGUUUUAAAAAAUAAAUAUAAAGUUAAUAAAACUAAUAUUAAUCAUAUAAAUAUUAUUACUAAAGAGAAUGAUAAAAUACCUGUAGAAUUAAAUAAAUAUAUCUAUUCAGGUAAUCUAGGAUAUAUUAAUAAAGAUGUCAUUUUAUUAGGUUUAGAUUUUUUAUUAAACAAAAAAUUAAUAUUUGAUUUAAAAAAUAAUAUUCUUAUCAUUCCAAAAAAAUAUUUGAAUAAUACAGAUGAAUUUAAUAAAAAAUAUGAUGCUCUAAAUAUCGGAAUUACAAAUAUACAAGAAAACCAAAAAAGUCAGGAUGAUAAUGGAAAUAAUCAUAUGGAUCAAAUUAAAAUUGAAGAUAAAUGUAGAGAAAUUUAUAACCAAUUGAAAGCUAAGGAAUUAAAUUUUGUAAGAAUUACGAAGGAGUUAGAAAACGACAAUGUGUAUAUGAAAGAUUGUAAAACUACAAAUGAUGUCAUAAAUAAAUAUGCGAUUAAAUUGUUGUAUGGUUCUAAUUAUUUAAAAAAAAAUGAAAAAAAUAUGGAAUAUGAAAAAAGAUAUAACGAGGUCACUGAAUUUUUUAAAAAAUUAAAUAAUGAAGAAAAACAAAACAUGUUAAACAAAAUAGUCAAUAGUGUGUUAUUAUUAAAAAGAAAUGACACAAUUCACGAUAAUAAUAAUAAUAAUAAUAAUAAUAGUAACCAUCAGAAACAACAUUCUUCUAAUCAAGGAUAUGAAAAGGCAUCAGAUAUUAUACAUAAAUUUGUUAACUACGAAAUUAAUAAUAAUGUUUAUUCUUUACAUAAAUUCAAAUCAUCUAAUGUUAAUAAAAAUAAUGCCAAGUCAGAAGAAGAGGAAUUUAAAUUUUUAUGUAAUCUAUAUGAAACACAUCCAGAAUAUAGUUUUGAAAUGUUAAAUGAUUUCAAAAGAGAAUUAUCUUCUAAAAAAAUUCCAUAUAAUGAUUGUAAUGAUGAAAAGGAUAUUAUAAAAAAAGUUGCACAUUCAAGAGUAUUCAAUAAUCAUAAAAAUAAUAAUAGAAGAAAAAAUGUAAUUGUAAGGAAAUAUUCGGAUGAUGGUAAUAAUAUACAUACACAAAUUAUUAUAAGAGGUAAUGGUCUUAAUAAUAAUAAUAAUAAUACAUUAGAUGAUCAAGAUCAAAAUGAUUAUCAGUAUAAUAAUUUAGAUAGAAUGGAUGAUCUAUUUCCUAACUCGAUUUUUUCAGGACUCUUAAAAAAUUUCUUUAUUCAAAAUAAUAAUAAUAAUAAUAAUGAUGAUGGUGAUUAUUCAAGUGAAUCCUUUGAUCAACAUACUUCAUCAGAUGAUAAUCAAAAUGAUUUAUUUUCUGAGUUAAAUAAUUUCUUUGGAUUUGGAAACCUAGCAGAUGGUAUGUUCGGACGUAAAAAAAAAAAAAAAGUUCUUGGAUUUAAAACGAAAGAACCACAAGCAAAUCUUGAAAACAAUAAAGAAAAUGCCGAUGAUAAUAUUACACAGGCAAUCAAACAAGAAAAAGAUGUUGAUAUAAUUUAUCUUUUAAAUAAGGUCCAAAAAUUAAAUGAUAUAAAUUUAAAAAAUUUUAUAUUACAAUCUUUGAACAAUCAAAAUGUUAGAAAAAUAUUAGUCGAUGCUGUUAAAAAAGGAUAUACAAAUACUUAUGAACAAUGUAAGAAAGAAAAUGAUAACAAGAGUAUGUACCUAUUACAAAUGUUGAAGCAAUCAGGAAUAUUCUAA